AUGUACCAUGUGGCCGAGAUGGUGCGCGACGCGCGGCGCGACAUGGCGGAGCGGCACGACGGCGCGGCGCCGCCCGGCUUCGUGUGGAGCACGCUGUCGGCCUUCACGCCCUUCCCGUUCCUGCUGGCCCUGGGCGGCCAGAUCUCCAGCAGCCUCGUGCGCAGGGCCCCCGACCUGGUGAAGCGCGCGGCCGGCGGCGCGCGCGACUGCGUGGUGGACGCCGCCACGCACACGCACGAGCGCGUGGUGGAGCUGCGCCUCACGUGCACGCGCACGGGCCAGCGGCUGUUCUACCGGGUGAAGCUCAACGUGGAGACGGCCAGACUGCCCGGCCCGCUGGCCCCGCUGCAGACGCAGGUGGCCGUGCCGUUCCUGCGCGGCAUCGAGGGCCUGGCCCAGUUCGUGACGAGCGAGGAGCUGCCGGAGCUCUACUUCGUGGCCAAGAACUCGAUGAGGCGCAGCUUCUUCCUGCGCCACGUGGUGCUGCCGCCCCUAGGCGCGGCCGAGAGUGUCGUGAGGUACGUCGUCAUCUUCCCCAGCCACAUUGUGUUCCCGUCCAGGGCCGAGAUCGAGGACCGGACGGACCUGUUCCUGGAGGGCAGCACCACGCGGGUGCAGGCUCUGGUGGAACACUUGUACUCGGCCACGGAGGUGCUGGACCAGCACUUGAGCAUGGUGCAGUGGAACAUCCUAGGCCGAGGGCCAUACGAGUCCCUGAGUGCGUCCCGACGCGGUGAAGUCAUCAGGUCGGUGCACCAGAGAAUGAGGAUCAUCGCGUCGCACUACAAGCUGUUCGAGUUCCUGGCCACCAUCAAGUUGCAGAACGAAAUGCUCUACUCGGACCUGCAGCACGAGUUCCCUGACGUGGGCGGCGUCCCUCUCACGCCCGAGCAAGUGGCCGCCAACAAGGUGCUGACGGCCGAGCUGGCCGAGCAAGAUGCGAAUGCCUUCCCCAUCUGGUUCUACAAGAAGCUCGACAUUAACAGCGGCAACGGACAGGUGUUGCCCAGUGGCUUGAACGGACGCAGCAAGGCGACUUCGGAUGCGAGUAGCCCGGUGAACUCCAGCCACUCUGGCGGCUGGAUCGAGUUCCCCGCGCACGAAAGUCGUCGCCUCGAGCGGAAAUUCAGGUGGUACCAACAGCAGAAGAGCAAGGUGCCGGGCCCUGUGGGGCCAUCCAGUGUUGUUUUGGUUGACGAGGGCCGCCAUGAGGUGGAUUUGGAGAGCAUGCGUAUGACCCCGGUGUACUGGCCAGCUCUGGAGGAAAUCGUUGUUUGUCGUUCGCGUUGGGUAUACGCCCAGCGCAAUUAUGGUCUGGCCCCAUACAACCCUGAAGCUGCUGCAGUUUUGGAGAGCGCUUUCGUAUAUUACUUGGGGCUGUACCCGCUGGAGAAACAGCGUCUCAUGGAUAUCGAGGCUCAGAAACCACGUGGAUUCUUUAGCUCUCGUGCCAGCCUCAGUGAGGCGGUUCUGGCUGCUCGCGUGGAGAAGGACUGUACGCUCAGCAUCCCGGUUGAAGGGCAUCUCGUUGAAUUUAAAGGCGCGCAAGACAUCAUGCAGUACAAGCGCCUGCUGGCUGGCACCACCCCGUUCACAAGCAAGCGUCGCGUGUAUCGAGGAGACCCGCGCGUGCGUGCGGAUCCAACAACUUUGCAGCUCUGGAAGGAUGCCAUGGUGUGUGAUCCAGCCACAGGAAAGCCGCUCAAGGUCACUGAGGAUGACAAGGACAUUGAAGAAGAGAUUGAACACCUCGUGCUGAUCGUGCAUGGUAUCGGCGAUGCGCUCAAGACACUUGAUCUGAUUAACGUUGUGACCUUACGCUCCAUCAUCGAUUGCGCCACGACACUGCGCGAGUUGAAUCGCGAGGCCCUUCGCUCGGCGCACUUCGCUCACUUGGGAGGCGAGGAUGCUGAUCCCGAGUCCAUUGAAAGUGGCAAAGUUCCAGCACACCGACCGCGCGUGGAGUUCCUGCCCAUUGAGUGGCAUUCGAAGCUGCACAUGGAGGGCCUGGACCAGCUCAUCCGCGACGUGACACUACCGGCCAUCCCCAAGCUUCGUGAACUGGCCAACGACACGGUCCUGGAUGUGCUCUUCUUCAUGUCGCCGCUGUUUCACCAGGUCAUUUUGGACGAGGUGGCCAAGGAGAUGAACCGUGUGUACACAUUGUUCCAGUCGCGACACCCGGACUGGGCGGACUCAGCUUCUUCCCGUGCUGCCGAAUCCAAGCGGAAGAAAGUGUCCAUCAUUGCUCACUCGCUGGGUUCCAUCAUUUGCUUCGACAUUCUGAACCAUCAGCAGGUAUACAUGCAGCCACAGAACGCCCCUUGCACGGACGAUGAAGGCAGCAGCAGCGACGAAAAAGAAGACGCGGUGGUCGAGAAUGGCAACGAGGGCAAGGAUGAGAGCAGCACCAGCAGUGAUGACGAUGCCACCGAGGAUGCUGAAGCGAAUGGGAUUAUGAUGGACAACUGCAACGUGCUUGGAUUUGAUGCUGCCCUGUCGAAUAUGAAGCUGAAGCGGCGCUCGAGAUCCAUGUCCGAGAUGUCCACUGCGAACGGAGUAUCGAGAAGCUCGCCUCGAGCGUGGCGUCAAGAGAUCAUGAAGCAGGAGAAGCAGGAGUCAGCUCGGCGCGCAUCUCCGCGGACUCGUCGCACAGGACGGAAAUCUACAACGCCCAAGAAGACGAAGAAGCACAAGAUCCAUGGGUCUGCUGCUGCUGCCCCAGCUGGAGGCUGCGGGGUUGUCCCGCUGGUACCGAAACUUGCGUUUGAUGUGGAGGAUCUCUUCUGCUUCGGCUCGCCCGUGGGCCUGUUCCUGAAUGUUCGAGGCCAAAAGCUGGAUCGCGACUUCCAACUGCCGCGCUGCCGUCGAUUGUUCAACAUUUAUCACCCGUACGACCCGGUGGCGUACCGCAUCGAGCCCAUUCUGAACCCGGCGCGCGCGCACUCGAAGGCUGCGAUUAUCCGCACGUUCGAGGGCAAGCUCCGCUUCCAGUACCAACUGCGCAACUCGUUCCGGGCGAUGUGGGCCUCACUCCGACAAUGGCGUCGCGACUUCGAGCACCAAGUACUAGCCGGAGCGCACAGCGUGGGGCUCGUGGAAAGCCCCGCUUCAAUGACCCCGUUGUCCGAUGCGCUGGCGGCCGUCGCGCAACCGUAUCAAUUGCAGCGGCGUCCGGACGAGGCCCAGGAAGAGCAGCAACGAGAGGAGCGCGAGGGCGACGCAAGCACAGAGAACGUGGCGGUCUUCGGUCGGUUGUGUCAGGGGCUGCCCAUCGACUACUCCCUGCAGGAAAAUGAGAUUGAGAUCGCGAACGAGUAUUUAUUUGCCCUGACGGCGCACGUCAUCUACUGGGCCAACCGCGACGCGAGUCUGUUUGUGGCGCAGAAGCUCAUUCUGGAGCCGGCUACCGAUAAUUGGCCCGGAAGCAGCGAGCAAGACGCAGCAGCGGAGCUUCCGGGGCGAGUGGUUAGCGCGUUUGAGCAGAUCAGCAGUGAAGGAGCUACCGCUGAAGCGGUGACGGAGAAGUUGCGUGAGAAGGAGGAGGCGACGGCAUCGUCGGAGGUGUCCUCGGGCUCCGAUGGCGAGAUUGCCGCCUCGCUUCGCCGAAGAAGGCAAGGAGGUGUCACUACUGCUCCGUAGGACCCAGAGCUAGCUCGCAGUAAUUAGUAAGGAUAAGUAAGUAUAAGCGGUUGUUCGACGUCAUU